GUGUUCGUUCCAGCUGAGAGGACAGCCGUCGCGCGGCCCAAAUCCAAGCCCGUGCCCGUGACUCUAUGCAUUGGAUACUGGAAAGUGCGAGGAGGGAAAUAGAAGCCCCCCCCCCCUCACCCCCCCCAAAUGAACGCUCGAGCUACAGGACGGCAGAAAGAAAAAAGCAAUACAGCUUGUCAUCCGACCAAUCGUACAGCCAAACCACAGCGCUCGCAGUUGCGUUUUUUUUCCUUCGUUAUUUGUUUUCAUUUGGCAUUUUGUUGGUUGACAUUGUUGUCUUUGCGUUUAAAGUAAUUUUGGUCUCUCGUAGAGUCGACAUAUUUUGUGUUAAUCAACUCUCAGGAUAUUUUCUUCAACUUCUGACGCUAUUGAUUUCCGUCUUUGCCUCGGAUUUUAUUUUUUCCAGCGUUGAAUUGACCAUGGGUUACAGUCAUUUUCAAUUUGUUUGACGUUUAGGCUACUGCAGAUCUGUUGAGGGAAAAACAUUUGUCCGUCUUGGGGAUCUGACUAUAUCGACUGGAAUAUAUUUACAAAAAUGAAUCAGCAGUCGAAGUAAGCAAGCGAACUUAUUUGGAAAAAGGUAAUACGACCGUCCAGACUGUUAUUCUCGACCACUGCUGCACCCAAGGUAUCGUUCUACGACCCUGUCUAGUCAACGAUGUCGAGGCAGCUUUCUCAGCUACUGACCCCCGACCUCCCGGCUGGUGCUAGCCCGCAGUUUGGGAGUUGCACUGGGCCUGGGGGCGCUCUUACUGGAGGGCACCUCACCUCCAUGGCAAAUCUGAAAUCCCUACUGCAGCACCCAAUGAAAGGAGACGUCCAGAGGAUCAAAGACUGUUGCGAAGCAAAAGACAAAGACAGAAGCGUGGACAUGGACGAGGAAUCCAUGGGAGUGUGUUCCAUGCGCAACGGAGGAGCAGGAGGAGGUGUUGGCAGCAGCAAUAACUGUGGAGGAGGAGGUGGUGGAGGUGGUGGAAGUGGUGGUGGUGGAGGAGGUGGUGGUGGAAGUGGAGCAGGUUUCAACCAGUCUGCGUUUUUGGGGCCCCUCCUGUGGGAGAGAACCCUUCCCGUGGACGGGGGCCUCUUCCAGCUGCAGUACAUGGACCUGGACGAGUUCCUCAUCGAGAACGGCAUGGGAACCAUGCACAACAACAACAGCUCCAGCUCGGCCCAGAUCCCUUCCCAGAGUUCUCAGUCGGCCGUGCCCAACCAGAGUUCCCAGUGCCCUCCGUCUUCCCCCCCGCCCUGCUCCUCGUCCUCCUCUUCAUCCUCCUCUUCCUCCCCGUCGCUCACCGGCCUUGAGGUGGCACAGCCCCAGGGAAUGGCAUCCGGCUCAGACUAUCUCCAUGGCAGCCAGACGAACAUGAGCGAACAGGACUCCUGUGGCUCCCCCACGCCCUCCUCCUCGUCCUCCUGCCCUCCCCUCCUGACCCCCACCACCAGCGGCCCAGACGGGAUGGGAGAGUUUGACCCCGACCCCUCAGAUGUGGCUCUGUCCAGCAUUCCCGGACAGGACGCCUUUGACCCCCGGAGACACCGGUUCAGCGAGGACGAGCUCAAGCCCCAGCCCAUGAUCAAGAAGGCCCGCAAGAUGCUGGUACCAGAGGACCUCAAGGAUGACAAAUACUGGUCCAGACGGUGUAAGAACAACGAAGCGGCUAAGCGUUCCCGUGACGCCCGUCGUCUGAAGGAGAACCAGAUCUCGGUGCGCGCUGCCUUUCUGGAGCGAGAGAACGGAGCGCUCAGACAGGAAGUGGCCGAGAUGCGCAAGGAGCUCUCCCGCUGUCGUAACAUUCUCAACAAGUACGAGAACCGCCUCGCCGACCAGUGAGGAAGAGGAGAAAGCCGAGGAGGAGAAAAGAAAGAUCGGCUGGAUUCAGUUGGAGGACUGUCAUUUCUUCGGGUGAUGCGAUGGACAGAUAGGGGCGAUGAUGAUGGCGAUGAUGAUGAUGAUGAUGAAUGUAUGAGAGGAGAAGAUGGGUGAUAUAGAAUACCCUAAUCCCAAACCAGUCCCUAGACUCCACACUACACAAAGGAGGCUGUUCGCAAUACGGACAAAUCUAGAAGAUGCGGCGAAGCUGCCUCCAUAUCGCACCAUUCUCCAUUCCAAUUCCAAUACCCGUAGAGCUGCAGUAUUGGCAAGGGGCAGGGGGCUGAUUUGGGAUUGAUGCUCAGGUUUUGUGUAAGAGUGGGUUAAAUUUAAGGUGGUGGUAAGGAUGAAUCAAAGUCAGGUUUUAGCCCCUUUAUGACAGAAGAGAAAAGAAGGAAAGUGUUGACUUUAAGGAUUUUGAUAUUGGAAAAUUGUAUAUUUUUAUAUUACUGCAAUCAGAUCCGAGGGUGAGCAAAUUUGGGGGAAUAAUUUUUGUAUAUUUUCUACAUGACCGGGGAAAUUUGAAACUAUAGACACAUGGAACGCUAUGGAAGAACAUCUUUUU